AGCGCUUCUCUAGUAGAACGCAGAGACGAAGAGCGACGGAACGCCUGGGAGCGUUUAUGGCUGCCUUCUACGCUCGGCAUCCAGUAAUUUCUUCUCGGUCUUUUUAGAGGCCGUGGAAACGAGACUGUGGCAUUAUAUAUUGCGUGGAAAUAGCCUCCGUCAAAGUCUCUCUUGCGCAGUCACAGCUAACCUCCAGCUGCUAAGGAAGCACAUUUCAACUUCGUCGCCCGUGGAUAGUUGUUUUCACGAGAUACUCAACGGAACUACAGCUACAACCGGUGCUUGAAGAAGUCGCGGAGUUGCCGUUGAACGGAGAACUAAGUGAAUUCGAAGGGACGAGGAUUUUUCGUAACUUUUUCCUUGCCAACGUUGGAGCGUAUUGUUGUAGCGCCGCAUUGUCAUCAGUUGAAUUUGGCAAGCUAGCUGGAUGCGUUAGCUGCGAGCAUAGCUGUGCUGCUCGGCUGCAGUCAGGAUUGUUAUCCAGGCAACUUUUAAUGAUAAUGCCUUACCUACGUUAUGCAACAGGUAGACCGUUUGCAGGCACGACAGAUGAGCAUGAACGGUUAGAUAUUUAGACGUCAAUCUGUCUUUUUUAAGUGGUUAACUUUGGGGCGCGCGGCGUUUUCGUCUUAGUUUAGAUUUUUUUGGGGGGGGUGUAAAGCACUGUUUCGCAUCUCAUAGUAGAAGCUCUUCAAAGAUGCACUUUAAGGACUCCGUCUAACCGACAUGUAGGCAUGACCAUGUUGGAUCACACGGAAUAAUACGAGCCCCAGCUCGGACAGUUGGCUCCAGAAUUUGACGCUGAUGUGAGAAAGAGGGAAGCGGAGAACCUCAAUCAUCUGAUUUACAGUAGCUCGCCUUCUACCUUCGUGAGUUUGUGCAUCAAAAUGUCCGCCGUCUCUGCAUCCGAGAAAGUGGACGGGUUUACGAGGAAGUCUAUGAGGAAGGCGCAGAAGCAGAGAAAAUCCCAAGGCUCCUCUCAGUUUCGUACUCAGAGCGCUCCGAUCGAGCUGUCCCCACUGCCGCAGCUCAAAGAUGCCCCCUCUACAGACCAGCAGGAACUGUUCUGUCAGAAACUCCAGCAGUGUUGCACGCUUUUCGACUUCCUGGACUCUGUGGGGGACCUGAAGAGCAAGGAGGUGAAGAGGGCCGCGCUGAACGAAUUGGUGGACUAUCUUUCCACCAACAGAGGUGUGCUGGUUGAGAAUGCAUACCCAGAGAUCACAAACAUGAUCAGCACCAAUAUUUUCCGGGCUCUUCCACCAAGUGACAAUCCCGAUUUCGACCCAGAGGAGGAUGAACCCACCUUAGAAGCUGCAUGGCCUCACAUCCAACUGGUCUACGAAUUUCUGCUGCGCUUCUUGGAGAAUCCAGACUUUCAGCCCAGCAUUGCAAAGCGAUAUAUUGAUCAGAAAUUUGUGCUGCAGCUGCUGGAGCUGUUUGACAGCGAGGACCCGAGGGAGCGGGACUUCCUGAAGACUAUUCUCCAUCGGAUUUACGGAAAAUUUCUGGGCUUGAGAGCCUUCAUCAGGAAGCAGAUCAACAACAUCUUCCUGAAGUUCAUUUAUGAAACCGAACACUUUAAUGGUGUGGCUGAACUGCUGGAGAUCCUCGGAAGUAUCAUCAACGGUUUCGCGUUGCCCCUGAAAGCAGAGCACAAGCAGUUCCUGAUGAAGGUGCUCAUCCCGUUGCACACAGCUAAAGCAUUAUCCCUUUUCCAUGCACAGCUGGCUUACUGUGUGGUUCAGUUCCUGGAGAAAGAUCCCACGCUUACCGAGCCGGUGAUCCGUGGCCUGUUGAAGUUCUGGCCGAAAACCUGCAGCCAAAAAGAGGUGAUGUUCCUGGGCGAAAUAGAGGAGAUCCUGGAUGUCAUCGAACCGUCGCAGUUUAAAAAGAUCCAAGAGCCAUUAUUCAAGCAGAUUGCCAAAUGUGUGUCCAACCCACAUUUUCAGGUAGCAGAGCGGGCGCUGUACUUCUGGAACAACGAGUACAUCCUCAGCCUCAUCGAGGAGAACAUCGAUAAGAUCCUUCCCAUCAUGUUCAGCAGCUUGUACAAAAUCUCUAAAGAGCACUGGAACCAGACAAUCGUGGCUUUGAUCUACAACGUCCUGAAGACGCUGAUGGAGAUGAACUGCCCUCUGUUUGACGAACUGACAGCUUCCUAUAAAGCACAAAAGCAGCGAGAGAUGAUGAAGGAGCAGGAACGGGACGAGCUGUGGAAGAAGCUGGAGGAGCUGCAGGUCAGCCGCGCCUCUGAGGUCCAGAACAACAGCCACGGGUCACCUGCAGCCCUUAACAACAACAACAGUAACAACAACAACAACAAUAAUGAAACCCUGGAGAGCAGCAGCGAUGUUGAAGAUACUGCCGUCAUCAUGGAAGACCUCCAUCAAGAUGCUACCGAUAUAGCCUGCGAGAGCGUCUCAUGUGCCAAAUGACAGCGGAUGGCGGCUUUUUAUUCUGAAGCGCUUCAACUUUCAGGACCGUUGGAGGAAGAUUAACAAGGAUGUAACACAAAUUACACCUCAGCAGUAUAAUAAAUCUUAGAUCUACAAAGAACACCAGCAGUUCUUUGUAUAUAUAAAUAUAUAUUUCCUCUUGAGACUAUUUUUUUGGAUGUUACAGUGUGGCUGCCGUAUGUUUAUAUGUCUGAUCAGAGCUGUAUCCUUCCACGUCUAGUUUCCUAAUCGGUAAUGUUUUCUUUUUCUCGUGCUCGGUGUAUGAUACAUGGGAAGGAGAGGAAAUGAUGACUUGAAUUUCCAACCGUGCUGCACUUAGAAGUAAACAAGCCGAACAGCUAUUUAAAGAUGUCUAUUUUUAAUGUGCUUUUCCUCGUCGCUGCCCACACCUGUAGGUGCAAACCUGAAACGAGAAGGGAACUCGAAUGUUGGGAGUGUUUUUCUUUGUUCUUCGCACAUGGGACCAGACCCAGAUAAAUACAGACACCCGUAUAUAUAUUUAUACAGAGAACUGUUUAUAUGCAAAAAAAAUUUUAAAAAUUGUGAGGAGACGAAGAAUCAUGGCCAUAAAUGAUUUAUGAUAAACAGAUAUUAUUCCUGAAAUCACUCUGCUUUAGACUAAAAAUUUAAAAGUGAUUAAUACUUAAGGUAAAUGUAAUAUUUUUUUAGCCUAUUUUUGUGGUUUCAGGUGUUGGUAAAUACUUUUUCAUCUUGGUGAAAACAUGAAGCUAAUACAUUUGUCACUGUUUAUAAAAGGAGUCACACUAAAGUAUUGAGAAAAGGGCUUUCAAUAUUCAAAAAAAUUUUUUUUUGAUUUAAAGGAUUAGCUCGGCAUUUCAACUUUGCGCUUGUAAACGAUGGCUCUGUCCUGAGAAUAAAAAAUCUACCAAAUUAAACUUAAAAAGCACACUAAUUAACACAUUUUCUUGUAAUGCAUAUUCUCAAUAAAGCAUCUACAUGCUUUAUUGAGAAUAUGCAUUACAAGAAAAUUAAAAGUAUUAAAUAACGCAACACAGACAGCAAUCAUUUACCACUAUAACGACUUGUUCCUUUAAAACCGUUAAUCUAAACAGACCAAAAAAAAAAAAAAAGCCUGAGCAUUGAUGAAGAAGAAUAUUUUUGGGUCAUCCAGGAAUGGGAUGCAUAAUAAGCUUCUGUGUAUUUUUGGAGUGUAUUUAUUGAGCUUGGAGGCUACUUACAGGGAAAUGCCACUCGGCUUCGAUGUUGCUGUGGUUGAGCAACAGUUAAAAUCGUCUCGGCUCCUUCCUGGUGCUAAACUAGACGUACUGUUACUCUCUUACCAAGAAUAUUGCACCAGAAAACCCAUGAAAGAUGAGAAAUCCAGACCAUCCGUGACUUUUCGCCCGACGCGUCUGAUCUUGGGAGCUCAAACAUGAUGUGAAAAGCGCGACCCCUGACCUCCACAGUUUAUAGGAAAGACUUCUGAGAGCCAGUGCUGAAUGGUGUUCCCUCUGAACUUGAUGUCUGCUCUUGUUUCUGCUCUGUUCAGUUCAUCUGUCGGUCUUCUCUGAUGCCUUUUUGUCAGUACAGCAUUCCAGCCUCUGUGAACUUUAAAACGGGGAACCUGUUUUGUAAUCACAGACACUGUUUGGGUUUCACCAUCAAAUAAAGUCUACUUUAUCUUUCUA